GUACGUUAAAGUCACAGAGAACCAGCCCGAACUACAAGAUGCAGUCUGUGGUAGUCAAAGUGUUUUAUGAACGUGAGGGGACGGAGAGACCUGAAGUCCGGCGUUUCCCUGGUCCCAACGACUCCGCACCAACAUACGCCUUCGUGCACGACAAAGUGAAAGAAGUGUUCAAGAAACUCGAGGCGGGGACUUUCAACAUGUACUGGAAAGAUGGUGAAGGCGACUUUGUGACCUGCUCCUCGGAACAGGAGAUGCAGGAGGCCCUAUGCUCAGUCAAGGAAUCCGUCCUCAGAAUCUACAUUCGAGAUGCCUCUCCUGUAGUAUCAGAGGAUGAUGAAUGGGACUUUGACCCCAGGAUGCAGGGGUGGGGCCGUGGGUGGGGCAGGAUGGGUGGCAUGCGAGGUGCAGGCGCAAUGCCUAUGAGAGGAAUGCCUCCUCAUCCCCACUUUCACCGAUGGAUGAAGCGCAUGAAACGCUGGAACAAGAAGAAUAAGUGCCAUGAGUCAAGGGCAGAAGGGGAGGUCACUCCCGGUGAAGAGUUCGAAACCAACACAGCAGAUAAAGGCGCCCAAGCGGAAAAUACGAAAGAUGCACCUGACAACACAGAGGGCAGAGGCGAUGGUAAUGAUACAGAAAUGAAGGCAGAUGACCAAAGUGGAACCCAGAAGUGUGGCAGAGGAAAGAAGGGAAGAGGAAAAUGUCAUAAACAUGACAAACACCAUGCUGAAGACUCCCAGACCAAAGACGAUGAUACCUCCGGAUCUUCGGACGAGGACAUGCCUCCACCAUCUUUCGGCCAUCCCGGCAUGUUUGCUGGCGGCCCAAUGCAAUUCUGGGGCAUGAUGGGAAUGCAUCCUCAUGCCUGGGGUGAAGGUUGUUGGAACAGAAGAGGGGGAUGGAGACGUGGUGGUCGUGGAGGUUGCAAGAGAAGCUGGGAAUGCCUCAAUGAGAUGGAACCUCGGGACAUGGGUUUUGCCGGAUGGGAAGAUGGACGAGGUGAUCCGAGAGAGGGCUGUAGAGGUCGCUUUAGAGGUCACCCUCGAGGCGAAGGUCAUGGUCAUGGUCAUGGUCAUGGUCAUGCACAAGACCAUCGCAGACGCUGCCGCCGUCAGAAUGAGGCUGAUGAGCCAAUGGAAGCCUGCAUUGAAGAAAUGCGCAACGUCAAGGCGACUGAUGACGUCAUCACCCUGGGGGAUGAGAACGAGGCGCCCAAGAUGUAGGCUGCUGAUGCUUCGAAGAUACGACGAUAUUUACAACAUAUUGUAAUUUGAAUAUUUAAAACCCUGUCAUAUAUGCCCAUGUAUAUAAUUCAUUAUGGGACGAAUUAUGUUAUAUUAUGAGUAGGCCAUUGCCUAUAAUGACAUAUUCACUCUUGCAAAUUGUACAUUACAUUGUAUUCUAAUAAUGGUGGUUUGCUUUGACGUAAAUACACGUCCCCAUGACGGUAUGGCAAUGCUGCUCAAUAUAUAUUUUGUACAUGUAUCAAUUGUCGUAAUUCAAUUGCCGUGUUAUAUUUAUUAAGCUUUUGGCAACAUGGUUAUUCUGUUUGUUAUUUGCUUUUUGUUUGUUCACGUAAAGCUGAAUAAAAUGUUUUUAUUGUGAAACAAAA